GUGUAAUGUUUUGGUCAGAAAGCACGAAGCAGGGCGGCAUAUUUUGAUUGGGAAAAGGGGAUCUAAUUUAAUUAUAACUCCAAUCAUUUGACAAUGACACGGUCAAUAUACGUAUAAUUUAACGAAUUUUAGUUAUCAGUCAAAAUGAAGAUUGCAGUUGAAGGUUGUUGCCAUGGCGAACUGGACAAAAUUUAUGAAACUAUUCAACAUUUAGAGAAGAAGAAUGACAUGAAAGUGGAUAUUUUACUUAUUUGUGGAGAUUUCCAAUCAGUUAGAAAUAAAGGUGAUCUACAGUGUAUGGCCGUACCUCCUAAAUAUCAAAAACUAAACACAUUUUACAAAUAUUACAGUGGAGAAAAAGUUGCACCAGUUUUAACUGUUUUUGUUGGAGGAAAUCAUGAAGCUUCUAAUUAUCUACAAGAAUUACCAUAUGGGGGAUGGGUAGCGACAAAUAUAUAUUAUAUGGGUUAUGGAAAUGUUGUAGAGUUUGGUGGAAUAAGGAUAGCUGGUCUAUCUGGUAUCUAUAAUGGUAAAGAUUACACUAGAGGUCAUUUUGAAAGACCACCAUAUAAUGAUAGUACAAAGAGAUCUGUGUAUCAUGUUAGAAACUUAGAAGUAUUUAGAUUUAAGCAGAUUUCCAGACCAAUUGAUAUCUUUCUAUCACAUGAUUGGCCAAGAGGUAUUUAUCACUAUGGUAAUGUAAAUAAACUACUACGUGGAAAACCUUUUUUUGCUGAAGAGAUUGAAUCUAAUAAACUAGGUAGUGCCCCAGGAGAAGAAUUAUUACAUGUGUUAAAACCUGAAUACUGGUUCGCUGCUCAUUUACAUGUUAAAUUUGCUGCUUAUGUUCAGCAUGAGAGUGAAAAUGAUGUUGAAAGAACAACCAAGUUUUUAUCGUUAGACAAAUGUUUGCCCAGAAGAAAAUUUUUACAGGUAUUAGAUAUUCCCCAUGACAACAACCUGCCACUCAAGCUUCAACUUGAUGCUGAAUGGCUGUCUAUUUUGAAGUCAACCAAUCACCUAUUAAAUCUUAAUCCCUCCUCUUCCUUUAUGCCAGGACCAGGUAGCAAUGAAAGGUGGGAUUUCCGAGUGACAGAUGAAGAUAUUAAUUCUAUUAAGGAGGAUUUUGGUGGAGAUUUAACAAUUCCUGAUACAUUUGAAGAAACGGCACCAGUUCAUGAACAAAAUGGUUCCUCAAGAACUAACCUGCAGCCGCGAAUUAUUAUCAACCCUCAAACUACUCUGUUAUGUACCAUGCUGGACAUUACAGACCCUAAUGCUGUGUUCUUAGGAAAAGAUUCAAGUCAUGUUGAAAAUAUUCUAAGUCCUCCACAAACAAAUAACCCUGAUGAGAUUGAUGUUAAUGAUGAUGAUGUUGUUGAUGAUGAUGAUGAUGACGAUGAUGCAGAUGAUGGUGGCAACAGUGAUGUAAAUUCAACGAUAAAUACAACUUAUGAGUCUUUUUCUGUCAAUAACACUGAUCUUUCAUUGGAUACGUCUGCCAGUGACAUGUCGUUUAGCUCUGUUAAUACUACAGAAAUAUCUAUUGAAGAAGAUGAUGAAUUGAAAGCAAUAAUGGAUUUACAAAAAGCAGAGAAACUUUUAGAUGAGGCAGCAAACAGCGAUAAAGUUUCUGAUGACGAUGAUGACCUUCUAUCUUCAGGAGCAGCUACCAAACAGACAACAUCAACUCCAUCCCAUGGUAAACAUCCAAAACUUCUAGACUGUCAACAAUUCGAAGUUUCACUAGAAUUUACUGCUCAUAGCCCCCAGGCUUCAGAAACAGAAGGUACCACCACAGAUAUUGAAGUUAUGUCACCAGGGGUGGACAACUCUAGUGCCGAAUCGUCCGCAGAAGACAGUGCUACUUCAAUCAAAGCAGAAAAACGGGCUUCCGAUUCUGACGACAGUCCGUCUCUGAAAAAGGUGAAAAUGAAGAGAAGGAACGUUGAGUUGUAUAGUGAUAAUGAGAUUAACUGAAUGAAAUUGAAGGAUAAAUGUUUGCAGGAUCAAAGUAAUGAAACCUUGUGCCCCCAGAACCCCCAGAUUUUUGACUUCUUGGAAUAAUUGCGUUACAGUGCAUAUUUCUGAAUCAUUGUUACAAUUAAUAUACUUUGUAUUUAAUGAAAUUUGAAAUCAAUUUAACAAAAUGUGAAAAGAAUAUUGUAACAGAAAAUCAAUUACUAACCAUUACAUCUUGAACAAUGUUGGUUAAUCUUGUCUGAAACAGUAAAUGUUCUUCAUAAAAAUAUCCAAAUGUGUAUGCAAGUGAAAAGUCAGACUGGAGGCCUCUUUAUUUAACAAUUACUAUGCUCUGAGUUACGGUUGUGUGUCUGUUCUCUCAGUGUUUCAGUCUUUUAUCAGUGUGUCAAUAAUAAGGGCAGCAACUCCCUGUUUCAUCAUUUUCACAUAGCGUGCCGUUAUAAAUUAUUGAAACCUCUUUUUUAUGAAUUCAUUUUAGAAUCUAGAGGAUAGCUUGGAAAAAUUAGUUUUCUUCCUGUAAAACCUAAUCUAUAAUUGCUAGUCACUAUGGUAACACUAUCAGAAUAUUGGUGCUGUUAUUUUCUUGUAAGAAUAAGGGUGAAAUUUCUCUGAGCAAGAGAUUUUAGACUGGAACUCUGGGACUGUACAUGUAGUUAAUCUCUAAAGAGCUUGUUUUUACAACUUGAUAACCACAUGUCCAUAAUUUAAUCACAAAGAUAUAUAUUUCUUUAAAACUAUCUUUGUUUUGUGUUUUUACAAAUAAAUAUUAUAGGUAGAGAUGCUUGUGAUUAUGGAGCUCCCUGAUAAAUGCUCUGUUCUUAUUAGGUUUUGAAAUAUAUAAAUGGUAGUAUUGUUAGAAUAACAACGGUAAGUUUGUUUAUACUGGAUGAUUAUUGUUUUUAUGAUAAAUUAUGUUUGCGAAAAGAUAAUCAGAAUGUAAUAUAUUAACAAACGUGAAGUGAAUAAAGGGAAAUAUAUCCUUGUUAAACUAUAUAUUUCCAUUAUUAUUAAAGGGAA